AGGGUGUGCUAAUUUCGUAGAGGUAUUUGGUAAAGAUAGAACUGCAUUCUAUGUGUAGCAUAUAAGAGGAUAGGAUGUACAGACAGCGAACACACAAGUGUUUUGAUUUAAUAGUGUGGUGGUUUUCAAGUCUCACAGGAGGAAUUGAUAUUAAUAAAUAUCAAAUAAAAUGUCGAGCGUUAUUCAGUGCUUGGCUACCCAGAUAGCACAGACGUUAUGGACGACGGAUUGGAUACUGAUUUUUCUCCAAACGCUGAUCGUGCUCUACAGACCGGACGUUGCCGACGUCGAAAACAGGGUGAGACCGACCCCUCCACCCAGUCUACGAAGUAAUUAUGACUUUAUCAUAAUCGGGGGUGGCUCCGCGGGUUCCGUAUUGGCCAACCGAUUGUCCGAAAAUGAAAAAUGGUCGGUGUUGCUGCUCGAAGCUGGACCGAACGAACCUUACGCGACCGAUAUAACAAUAAUGUCUACGAGACUACAACCGAGUUCGUUAUUCUGGAAUUUUACAACCCUUCCAUCAGCUAAUUAUUGCAUAAUCCAAGAGAUUGGGUGCAAUUGGGGUCACGGCAGGGUAUUACAUUUAGAUAACGAAAACAAUUGAGCUAUAUAAUAUAGCUCAAUGAA